AUGACAGAAAAUGAUUUGAUAGACAUGCUUAAUAACUCACUAAGAACAGAAAGGUUUCUUAUUGUAUUAGAUGAUAUUUGGCUAGAGGAUGUAUGGAAUCAGAUGCAAAGAAGUUUUCCGGAUGUGAACAAUGGAAGUAGGGUCUUGAUCACCACUCGGUUUCUUAAUGUUGCAAAGGGAGCAGAUCCAAGAAGCACUCCGUACCAACUUCCGCUUUUGAAUGAUGAUGAGAGUAUGAAGCUUCUUCUCAAGAAGGCUUUUCCUUAUGAAGAUGUUGAGGCAAAUUUCACCAAUGAAUUGCUUGAUAUCGGCCUUCGUCUCAUGCACAAAUGCGGUGGCCUACCUCUGGCUUUAGUUGUUCUUGGAGGUCUCCUAUCUAUUAAAGACAAAACACCUGUUGUGUGGCGAAGAGUGUUGGAGACGAUGGAUUGGGCGGCAGAAGGAAGACAAUGCCAAGAAAUACUUGCUUUGAGCUACAAAGAUCUUCCAUAUAAUAUGAAAUCAUGUUUUCUUUAUUUGGGUGCUUACCCGGAGGAUUAUGACAUCUCCGGCAAGAUGUUAAUCGAGGCUAAGAAAGACAUCUUCCUCACAGUUUGCUCCAAUGAAAAUGAUCAACCAACUUAUUUGGCGUCGUCUCGCCGUGUGUCUUUCCACAACGUCAAGAGCACCAAGAUCGAUGAAAUCCUCUCUACAAUGCAUAGACUCAGGACUUUGAUGACAUUUGGUCAAUCUCGUAUUCCAAUUGGUUCUUCAAUAUUUAGAUUUGAGCUUCUAAGGGUGCUUGAUUUGACUGAUUUCAUUGAUGUACAAAUACCAAAAGAGAUCAAGCUCAUGAUCCAUUUACGUUAUUUAAGACUGGGGCAUGCUGAUCGGCGCCUACGGUCACGGUACUGGCCCAAACACUUACACCUACCAUCGUCGGUAGGAAACUUUCAAUCCUUAGAAACUGUUCUUCUAAGCGAAGUAAGAGAGAUACCAAUCACACUAUGGAAGAUAAAGACACUAAGACAUGUACAAUUCUGGCAGUGCAAACCACCACAAAGUGUUGAGCUAAAAAAUCUCCUCACACUUGAGUUUGUAGAAUUUGGAUCCUAUAAAACAAUAAACUGGAGGUUUCCCAAACUUAGGAAGUUGAAAGUGGAGAUUAAUGAAAAACACCAUGGAACAAUGCUAACCCAUCUACUAUGUGAACUAGACCAUCUUAUCAGCUUGUUUAUAAAGGCCACACAAGGCUGCCAUAUAGAGAUCAACACCAAGGACUUUCCAUUUCACAAGCACCUCCUCUCAUUGACGUUAUUUGGAUUUUGGCCAAAUGGGGACACCAUAUCUGAAUUCCCAACUUGUCUCACCAAGCUUGAACUCUGUGAUUCUGGAUUGGAGGAAGACCCAAUGCCCAAAUUGGAGAGCACUUCGAUUAUACUUGUUCUAUCGGACCCGGAUACUAUGUUUAAGGAUUACGCAUUGCCCAAUCUUGAGGAGUGGAGGGUAGAGAGAGGUACAAUGCCCAAGCUUGCUUUCCUACAAUUAAGUUCAUGCGAGGAGCUAUCAGUGUUCCCAGAUUUGCAACAUGUGAUGAGCCUUCAGGAAUUAGAGUUGUUUGACUUGCCCGAAGAGCUCAUGCUCAGGUUGCAGAGGGAAGCGGGGGAAGAUUGGUACAAGAUUCAACAUGUGCCAAGACUCACCCUUGAAGAAUGCGAUCUCUCCCUCAGCGCCUCCUUCGGCGGCACCGUUGCCGGCGAAGCCACGGCCGACGACGGCAUCCUCGCGGGAUUCUUCUCGAUCGUGGCUUCCCAUCGCCGAUCCCUUGAGCUUCCCAUCACCGACAAGCUCGAAGCCAUUCGCGAAGAGAACGCCGAGCUCCGCAUCGCUAAGAACAACUUCGCCAAACUCCUCUCCAAAAUCCCCAUCACUGGAGGUACACCUCGAUUCAUGCCUCCGAUUUCAACUUUGCCCUUAUCUUGCAUCUCAUUCUUGAAGAAACUGAAGAAGCUGAUGGCCGCCCAAACGGGAACGAGGGACGACAAGAUCCGCAUCCAGAAGUGGUACAACAUCUACAAGGACCAUAUCACUCUCAAGGACUACGAGAUUCACGACGGCAUCGGCCUCGAGCUCUACUACAAUUGA